AAAUCAGUUUCUGUGAGGCCUAAUUUUCGAUGAAACGUUGACUGUUUUACCGACGCGGAAUUCCAAGUUUGGGCUCCACGCUAGCAUCGCCUUAACCUUAACCGUUUCAAUACCAAAACAUGUUAAGCUCGUUAAUCUGCAGUGCUUAUCGAGCACUUCCUCGUCUCGCAUCGUUCACCAAUUCAUCAUCGAUAACAAAUCAAUGGAGUCUUACGUUAAGCAGAACGAUAAUGAGAUAUCAUUUUCCACGUCCUAACGAACGUCGUCGCAUUAAGCGUCAUGGCUGGCAUGCGAGAAUGUCGACUCCUGCUGGUAGAAGGAUCCUUAUGAGAAGAAUAUUGAAAGGCAAAUACGUACUCAGUCACUAAAUGGUGUAUAUUAUUUUGUUAAUAAAUAUUAUUAUUAUUAUUAUUAUUAUUAUUAU